ACACACACACACACACACACACACAAAUUCUCAUCUAUAAAUGCACAAACAUAACUUUUUCAGAUAUUUUGGUUUACAAGGUCACAAAACACAGUUCACAAAUAUGCAUCUGAAGUACAAAAUAUUUAUGACCACAAUUUGAGCCCAUAAAUAUCCACAAAAUGUGUCUUUUUUGGCUACAAAUUAAUAAAAAACAAACAUGAACACAAAUUCAAAAUUCUGCAAAUGAGCUGAAUCCUGAAUACAUGUACACAGAGGGGCUGAGACCUCUGUGUCACAGUCUAGCUGCAAAGCUGACUGUGUGGACUGAGGAGGGCGACCCCACAGCAACACACGAAGAGACAAAACAAAACUUGAGUGUGGCAAACGAGCCGUUUAUUUAAAAAAGAAGACAAACUAAACAAUAACCUAAACUGGGUGAACUAAGACUGAAAAACAAAGAAACCUUGAACAUGGGACCAGGCAUGGAUACAUAGAAAAAAACUGGAAACAUGACGUGAACUUGGCAGACGUCCUGACGACGAAUGACUGGAAACACACAGACUAAAUGCACACAUGAGGUGAUCAGCGGAAGUGGAAACACAUGGGGGAAAAAGCUGAUAUGAAUGAACAGGGGGAGAGUAAAACUAAACACAUUUGAGCGUAGAAACACAAGAUCUCAUCAAAAUAAAACAGGAAACAUAAUGAGACGCAGACAUGACAACAAGAACUUGACAACACAAGACAUGCAGACAUGAAACACAUGAAGGGCGAGGAAGACUUAACACAGGGGUUGAAGACACAAGGGGAAUCUAAUAACAAAGAACUAUAACAGCAACCUAGGCAUAAUAGAAAUGGACUUAGAAAACCUUAAUGGACUUAAACAUAGAUCAUAAACAUCAAAAUACACUAAAACUCAAAAUGCUGGGUCAAAAAAACGCAGGAUAGUGACACUCUGAGGUUUUUAGACAGCACCAGAUCACAAAUCAUCAGAGUUGCUGAAAGGAGGCGUGGUUUCAUGUCUGUUUAUUAAAGGGGGUAACUGCACCAGCGGCAGAGCCAGGCUGCUGACCUUGAGUACCAGCUGCAGCUGAAGUUUGGACAUUUUUAUUUUUGCCUGCCAGGAACUGAGAUAAUACGAAUGAGAGGUUUAUCAGAGGGAUUAUGUGGAGUGUGACCAGGCCACUGCUACAGGAGUGUACACUCGCCUGCUACAGACUGCUCUCAGCCAUGACACAGGCGGUUCCUCCGAUCCUCUCCAUCACCCCGAGUCGGGCUUUGGUUGAUGAGAAAUUUCAAGUGUUGGUGGAGAAUCUUCCUCCAGGAUGUCCGGUAACCCUCCACUCCCUCCACCACUCUGAGGACAAGGACGACUGGGAGGCAUAUGGUCACUACGUCAGCGACCACAGAGGCGUCGUAUCAGUUACCGAGGAUUUGAGUUUUGGAGGCACGUAUACGGGAAAAGAGCCCAUGGGCUUGCUGUGGAGCAUGCGGCCGGUCCCAGGCAGCCGCGAAGGCCUCAGGUUAAGGAAGAUAAACGUGUGCACACCAAUGCUGGUCAACAUCUCAGUCCACAGUGGACACGAGGACUUCAGGGACCGGACCCCUCUGGCAUCAGCACUCGCAGAGAGAUGGUACAUGGCUCCUGGUGUCAAGAGAAUUGAUAUUAAUAAGCAAGGAGUGCAGGGGACCCUGUUUAUACCACCAGGUCCUGGACCCUUCCCUACGCUGCUAGACAUGUGGGGAGGCGGUGUAGGGCUGCUGGAGUAUCGCUCUGCCUUGUUGGCAUCUCGUGGUUACGUUUCUUUCUCGCUGGAUUACCUAAGGUCUGAACACCUGUCAGCAGAUGUAGAGUUUAAGUACUUCGAGACAGCAUUUAACAUUAUUAGGAACCAUCCUCAAGUGAUACCCCUCGCUGCAUUGUUUGCAUCAGCAGCAAUCACUAUCACCCACCUGGGACCACCCUGAAGGCCGGGUUUAAAAUACUAAGCAAGCAUUUUCACAAGGCACAUUUCGAUGAGAACAACUAUAUGAGCUGGAGAAGUUUUGCUCUGGAUCUUAUCGCUGACCCCUCAAACAACGUGGAAGUGGGGAGAAUUAACUGCCCGAUGCUGCUGGUUAAUGGCUGUGACGAUCAGAACUGGCCUACAGUGGAGACAGCGGAGGAGGUGGCCAGGUUGUUGCGUGAAGGUGGAAAGGAACACCUGCUGAGCAGAUUAGCGUAUCCGGGUGCUGGACACCUGAUUGAGCCGCCAUUCUCUCCUCAUUUUAGAGCUACGAAGUUUAUCAUACUAAACAGUAAAAAGAAGGUGAUAUUACUGUGGGGAGGACACACUAAAGCUCAUUCAGAUGCUCAGGAAGACUCCUGGAGGAAGAUUUUGAGUUUUCUGCAGCUUCACCUGUACCAUAACCCGAGUGUUAAAGCAAAACUGUGAGAGUCACAUGAUGUCGAAUCACUGGUGUGAUAUACUGACCAUGGUUUCAUUCUGCAACUGCUUUACUUAGAUGAGUCAGGCUAUGUCCACACGUACGCAGGUAUUUGUUAACACUAGGAUUCUGUGUCAGAAAAGCUCAAAGUGUGUUGUUGUUGUUUCAAUGCAGGCAUGAAGCCAUAAUAAUUUUAUAACCAUAUUUCUUAUUAUGAACCUUGCUUGAUUAUGUAAGCUCAUAGUGAGUACGUGUUUUCCCCCCAUAUCAUUAGUCUAAACUGUUGCUUGAAGACCCUAAAAACACCUUUCAUCCAUACACAGUACUUUCAAUGCUAAGAAAUAUUAUUAUAUACACUACAUACAUACUUUCACUGAUAUUUUCAGUAAUUUUAUUCUAUUUAAGACAGUGUAUUAUUGUCUUAAUGUAAUUAUUUGACUAAUUAACCUCAGGUGAAGCCAUGGUUGCCCGCCAGACAACGAGAAAACAAGUAGGUAUUGUACGUAAUAGGCAGUUAAAUAAAGAAAACAACAAAAUACAUAAAGCCGUGAGAGAAAGAACUCUUAAAGAUACCUGGAAAAGAAGAGAAGAUAAACGGAGACCAUAGAGUCCAGCUAGCUUAAACACCAAUGCUAGCAACUCAAGCCAACCAGACACAUAAAAAGAAAAGUGUCAGUAUGGCUCAAAGUCAUGUGACACCAAAGCGGUUUGCAAUACUUGAUUCACCGCGAUAUGGAUCUCUCAGCAAAGUGCAAGGAUCUCCAAAACAGAUUGAGAUGUAUGGAUCUCAAAAGGAAGUGAAGGAAAGGAUACGGUCAGGUUUGUGAAACAGCUACUUCAAGAAUGAUAGUGACGUUCCUCAAUGCAGCAAUAAAAGAUAAGAUUAUAGAGCAAGCAUGGAGCCAGAGACAGAUCUUCUUCCAAGAUAAACGGAUCUUCUUCAAUCAAGACUACACUCCCAAUGUAGAAAAGAGCUAAGGUUCAAGAAAUCAUAAAACAACUAAAAUAAAAAGAAAGUGCAGGCGAAAUGUCUGUACCUGGCAGAAGUGAAAAUUAGAUUGGAUACCACAGAGAAGACCUUUGCAACACUAACAGAGGCUGCUGAAGGAACUCGAAGUCAAAAUGCGCUGCAGAGAAAGAGGGGCACGGAGCUGUCAACACAUUGUUAGAUAGUUAAAUAUGUUUAUUGUUUAAAUAAGGGAAGCAUAUAUUAUUGUACAGAGAUUAUGGCUUAUUUACAUUUUGUAAAUUAUAAUGUAAGCAGAAUCAUUAACCCAAUCAAGAGAAAAUUUUUUAAAUGUGUAUGCCCAAAAUGAAGACUGCACUUUUUAAAAGGGAUUGCACCUUUUGUGGCAGAUAAAGGAGGAGGAAUUAUACUUAGGGGAGGAGAUUUUAAUUUGUACUCUGAAGACUAAACUAGACAUAUUACUGGUAAUAAUAAAACCUCAGUCCAAAAUGACCUACUAGGCAUGAUGACUGAACUGGAACUGG